CUCCACAAAGUUGGAUAUUCAGACAGCUGCAAGCACCUCCCAAUCCAUAUUUCGUAUAUCCAUGCUAAAUUUCAAAGAUUUCUAAAAUCGUGGAGAAACCCUAGAUCUGGAAUAAAAUCCUAAUUUGGUCAAUAAGCGUUGAAUUAUCAGGUUGCUUUCCUGCGUUUUUCUGGCAAAAAGUUUUGAAAAGAUUCGAAAAAGAUGGAGGGAACUCCUCAUCCGGUGCCGAGGACUGUGGAGGAAGUCUUCAGCGAUUUCAGAGGUCGUCGAGCUGGUCUCCUCAAAGCUCUUACUGCUGAUGUGGAGAAGUUUUAUCAGCAGUGUGAUCCUGUUCUCAACCUCGUUUCAAUGCUAAAGGGAUUGUGUGUUGGACUGAUUAUUGUUUCUGCAUGCUGCCUUGUAGAAAAAGAGAACCUCUGUCUAUAUGGGCUUCCAAAUGAGACUUGGGAAGUAAACUUGCCUGUUGAGGAAGUGCCACCCGAACUGCCUGAGCCAGCUCUUGGGAUAAACUUUGCCCGAGAUGGGAUGCAAGAGAAGGACUGGUUAUCACUUGUUGCAGUACAUAGUGACUCGUGGCUGCUUUCUGUUGCAUUCUACUUUGGUGCACGAUUUGGAUUUGGUAAAAGUGAAAGCCUGUUGGAGAAGUCAUUAAGAUAUCAAGAUAUGCUUAUUCAGAUAGAGAAGCCGUUGAGCCUCCAAACUACUUGGAAUAGUUUUUGUUUAAUCCCUAAUCUCAGUUGGAAAUCCAUUUUGUACAGGAAACGGCUUUUUCAGAUGAUUAAUGAUCUCCCCACCGUUUUCGAAGUUGUUACAGGGGCCGUUAAGCAGACAAAGGACCAAAAUAAUGGCAACAGGAACAGAUCUAGUAACAAAAUGCCUUCUCGACAGCCCGAGUCCCAACCCAAAGCAAUUAAGAUGGCGGAUGAAGAAGAUGAGUCGGGAGGUGAGGAAGAAGAAGAGGACGAUGAACAGGGAGCCACGUGUGGAGCCUGUGGGGAUAAUUAUGCAAAUGACGAAUUCUGGAUUUGCUGUGAUAUUUGUGAGAGGUGGUUCCAUGGGAAAUGCGUGAAGAUAACGCCUGCAAAAGCCGAACAUAUCAAGCAAUACAAAUGCCCUACCUGCAGUAGCAAGAGGGCUAGGGUUUAGUUUAAUCUGCUGCCCAUAUUCAUAUUUGGAAGAUCGAUUCAGGGUGUAGAAAUGGUUAGUCUUAACUUCAUCCAAAGUUGAAUGGGCUAUACAAUCAAUCAGUUUAUAAAUUGGAAGAUCGGGCAAAUACCGAUCCCUCAAACUUUUGUAAUAUUUUGCCUAGAUGUUGUGUUGCUCAUGAAUUGUAGUACUCUUUAAGGAAGUUUGGUGACAGCGGUGCUCUCUUAUUUAGAAAUGGAUUGUUGAAUAUUUUUCCUUUUUUUUUUUUAAU